AAAUCUUGGGUGGCUAUUUUAGCAUGCUCGUUUGCCGUCAAAGGACUGCGUCAUGAGUCAAUGCAUCACAGGAGAUGGAUCUGGUACUCGUGGUAUACUAACAUUGUUCUGGCAAUUUUCUGGUUAAACUACAUGUCGAGGUUGCCGAAGUUCCGUUGGGAUGUUAUCUGGCUUCCAUUUGGUCCUCUCACUGCGUCUACAAUCUGUCUCUAUGUGGAUCACUUACUCAUUGAGUCAUCAGAAGAAGUAAGAAAGCUUCACGGAUACAUGUAUGCCUACAAAGCAAACUAGAAUUGAUGUUCUGACUGAGGUGAUUAGUUCAAGAAUAAGCAUUUUGGAGCACCCUUAUCAACCACCAGCACGGAACAAAGAUGGCAUGACAUACUAGUGUAGAUUCAAUCUAAUGGAAAGGGCAUUGUUAUUGUGAAUUGUGAGGAGGUAGUAACAAUUUUGGGUCCUGUAUAUGGGAAUAAUUGGCAUUUUAGUCUUGAUUCUAAUUUUUA